GAUAACUGUGUGCUAUAAAUCUAUCUUGUCUAGGUGUACGAGAUAAAAAACAAUCUAAAAUCAACAAAAAAAAAUCCUUAUUUUAAGAGCACUUUAUAAACGUAAACAUGGAAGAGCUCCAUCCGUACGACCGGAUGGUAGUGUACUGUCAGCAAGCACCAGAUUUGUUUAUACGAAAUGCCUCCUCACUUUUGAGCUCACCAGAAUCGCCUACCGCCUUGACUGGCCUGUCAAAGGACAUUUAUGACACAGCUAAUGGCCACAAACAAAACGCUGCAGAUCUUUUUACAAAAUUAAACUUUUGGAAGUCAUUUUCAAAUUAUUGUGGGGCCAAAAUGAAGGCUUAUGGAUUUUUCAUGGCUGGCUCCACCUUGAAUGGGUUUGCAUUAAAAACAAGUGAUGUCGAUCUUGUCAUACUCACUAGAUCAAAAGUUAAGCACAAGCACAACAAAAGGAAAAUGGGAGUUGAACUGUCAUGGAUAAUCAACAUUUUCAAGUCAAAUCCAUCUGUCUCACAAGCUCAAAUGAGAAAAAUGGGGGACAAACCUUACAUAUACUUCAAAGAGCUGAUCAAUGGUUACGAUGUUGAUGUAACAAUGAAUUUAAUGGAUUCUAUUUUGAAUUCUCAUCUUCUUUUUCGUUAUACUCAAGUGGAUUGGCGGGUUAAACCUCUCGGAAUAAUUAUCAAAUUAUUUGCUAAGAAUCAAAAUUUAUUUGGUACAUUUGAACACUCGUUCAAUAGUUAUCAUAUGAUGCUCAUGCUUAUUCAUUAUUUACAGUAUGGAGCAAAACCAGCAGUAGUACCAUGCUUACAUAAAUCUGCGCAGAAAAUGUUCUCAAGGAGUGAAAAAGUUUUUGACAUAGAUUUCUUUAAGCCUAUGAAUAUUCAGUUCACUUCAAAUAAUCGUCAGACCCUUGAAGAACUACUUCUAGGUUUUUUUGACUACUACAAUAAAUUCAAUUUUGACAUGACGGUAAUGUCUAUAAGAUUAGGAGCAGCAUAUCCUAAAAACCAAUGGAUGACAAUGGUUGAUAAAAAAAUUUUCCAUUCUUACCGCAGUCCUAUUUUGAAGUUGGAAGAACCUUUUGAGCAGAAAAAUGCGGCAAGAAAAGUCAGUGAUGAAAAAAGUUUUAACAAAACGAGAGCGGCUUUCAAAAAAGCUCACCAAAAACUCAUUGAAAGACGUGACAUAAAGUGUAUUUUUUCAAAGUUUAUCUAAAUACGUAAUCUCGAAAGAUUUUCUUAAUUUUUAAGUUUUUUUUCUAUACAUUUCGUAUCAUGUAGCUUAGAGGAAACUUGAUGACCAAAUAAAACUUUUGAAGUAUAA